UCUCAUCUGUACGCCUGCGCAAUAGAAAGUGGCGGGUUGCUGUAGUGCUACCAGCUUCAUUUCUUUGUUUAAAGAAUCGAGUUUGGGAAGAAUAGACAGGCGAAAACCUUAGAACAGUUAAUGUUUGCAGGGAAGCUAGCUUUUUCAUACGGUCAUUUUACUUACGCGUGGUUAAGGGGCUGAGCACGGGAAGGAGAUAUUUUGCUGCUUGGGUGCUACAGAAGUUAGUUGGUUGCUAGCUAGCUGCCGUUUAGCGCAAACGGUCGUUUUUUUCGAGCUAGCCAGAGGAACCAGCUGGUUCCACAGACUCUGCCCUGCCAAGCAUGAGCCAGCCUUCAGAACCCCCUGUUGAUGCUCCCGCAGUUACAGCAGUUCCCCUUCCAGAGGUCAAGCUGGCAGCCACAGCUGGGAAAAAGCAGAACAAGAAGAAGGUGGAGGAGGUAGUGGAGGAGGAGGAGGAAGAAUAUGUGGUGGAGAAGGUUCUGGAUCGGCGGGUGAUGAAGGGCAAGGUGGAGUACCUGCUGAAGUGGAAGGGAUUUUCAGAUGAGGACAACACCUGGGAGCCUGAGGACAACCUCGACUGCCCGGACCUGAUCGCAGAGUUCCUGCAGUCGCAGAAAGCAGCCCACGAGGCUGGCGGGAAGAGGAAGCCGGAGUCCGAGCCAGAAGGGGCAGGAGCAGGAGCCGGAGCAGGAGCAGGAGCAGCAGCGGAGGAGAGCCGGCCCAAGAAGAGGAAAGAUGAGCCUGAGAAGCUUAGAGGGUUUGCUCGAGGCCUGGAUCCCGAACGCAUCAUUGGGGCCACGGACUCCAGCGGGGAGCUGAUGUUCCUCAUGAAGUGGAAAAACUCAGACGAGGCAGACCUGGUGCCAGCCAAGGAGGCCAACGUUAAGUGUCCGCAGGUGGUCAUCUCUUUCUACGAGGAAAGGCUCACGUGGCACUCAUACCCCACAGAGGAGGAGGAGAAGAAGGAGGACAAGAAUUAGACAGGGGCUGGGGGAGGGGCAGCGG